UCUUUGGGUAUCGACCCGCCCACCCUUACUGCCUGAAAUCUCAGACGCCACGGCGUGCCACCAACGCGUCCUGUCCCCUGCAGACUUACAGACCUCUGAGUGGUAACGAUGUGCGCACCCUGAGCGAAGCAGCGUGCCCCCCUCCCCAAAUGGCGGAGUGUGAGUGAGGAUGCGACUCCCUUGUUCCAUCUUUGUGUCGGUGUCUCUGUUCACGGCCGAGACCACGGCAGCGCUAUACCUCAGCUCCACGUACAGCUCCGCUGGAGACCAGAUCUGGCAGGGGCUCACGCUUCUCUUCACGCUCGUACCGUCCGUUCUCGUGCAGCUCACCCUCACCUUCAUCCACCGGGACCUGAGCAGAGACAGACCGCUGAUUCUGCUGCUGCACAUCCUGCAGCUCGGACCCAUCGUCAGGUGUCUGGAGGCAUUCUGUAUAUAUGGCAGCGUGGGCCGAGUGGAGGAGCCUUAUGUCAGCAUCACAAGAAAGAAGCAGAUGCCCCGCGGGGGUCAGUCUGAGGAGGUGGAGCGGCAGGUGGGGCAGGCGGAGGGCAAGCUGUUUACACACCGUGCGGCCUUCGCCCGCACCUCUGUCAUUCAGGCCUUCCUGGGAUCUGCCCCCCAGCUCACCCUGCAGCUCUACAUCUGCGUCCUGCAGCAAUUUCUGUUUCUCUCCUCGUCAGGCACACUGAUGGUCAUUUCCCUCCUGUCCAUCGUGUAUGGAGCGCUGCGCUGCAACAUCCUGGCCAUUAAGUUAAAAUAUGAUGACUACGAAGUGGACGUCAGGCCCAUGGCUUAUCUGUGUAUUUUCCUGUGGCGGAGCUUUGAGAUCGCCACCAGAGUGGUGGUCCUUGUUCUGUUCAGUUCUGUGCUGCAGCUCUGGAUUCUGCCUGUGGUCUUGCUAAACUUCCUCACUUUCUUCCUCUACCCCUGGAUCCUGUUCUGGCAGAGCCACUCACCGUUCCCUGAGAAUAUAGAAAAAACUCUGACCCGGGUGGGAACCACCAUUGUGCUCUGUCUGCUCACCUUCCUCUAUGCUGGCAUUAACAUGUUCUGCUGGUCAGCCGUGCAGGUGAAACUCAACGACCCAGACCUUAUCAACAAGGCUCUGAACUGGUAUCACAUGGCUGUGUACUACAUGCUACGCUUUGUGGAGAAUGCCUCGCUGCUUCUGCUGUGGUACAUCUAUAAAACGGACUUCUACAACUUCAUUUGUGCACCGCUGCUAGUGCUGCAGCUGCUGGUAGCUUACACCAUGGCCAUCUUCUUCAUGCUGGUCUUCUUCCAGUUCUGUCACCCUUGUCGAAGGCUCUUCUCCUCCAGCAUGACACAGGGUCUCUGGAAUUGCUCCUCACUUCUUUGUCUGAUGUGCAACUCUGCUUCUCCACACAACAGGCCGAUAGGAAAGGUCGCUCUGGAGCCGCCAAGCCCCACAGCGUACACACAGCCAGUUAAGGAUGGAGCCCAUGACACAACCAGCGACUCCACAGACGACAUGCCCAAUGACACGACAUAUGACAUGCUCAAUGACACAGUCUAUGACAUUUCUGAUGAACUGGGCAAUAAAACAGCAGGUGGAAUCAAUGGCGUCAUUAGCCACAGUGUUUCCUGCAAAGCUUAAAGCAUCACAGUAGUGCAAUGUACCAUUCAGAGGAACCACUGACAAUUAUCAUACCCUCGGUAACCAUUUAAGUGCCAGAUAGGGGAGUUUACACUUUAAAUCAUCUGAUCUUACUCUCAUAUUGCCCUCUGUUUCUACCAUAGUAUGUUUUCCCCACAUGAAGCAAACGUGUCCUUAUAUCUGUCCUGGCUGCGAACAUAGUGUCUAACUGGUGUGUAGACAUACUGCAGAGGUGGUGCUCUCAUCAACCAACACUCUGCAGCCUUUAACACAAAUACAAACUCAUGACAUGGACACCAACAUUACUUUUUUAUGUUUGGAGACUGGAGAUCAUGUCUACCUAUAUGCUGCAUUACUCUUCACAAGGAGCCAUGCAUUGGAAUUGAAUGUAUUUAGUAUAUGGCAUAGAGAUGUGCACGUGUGGAGGAUCCAGCAAG